UGGAAACUCGCGAUAUGGUCUAUGAUAGUGGUGCAAAUAAACUUCAAAAAAAUUUAAAACCAACUCGAUAAACAAAUAAAGAGCUAGUCAACAAUAUAUUACAUGUAAAAUAUACAAGUUGUAUCGUUGCAGGAGAGAGGUAGAAGCCAUAAGUCGUAUUGAGAAGCGUCUUGUCCAAACCACGGGUUCGCAAAGCGCCACGACAUCUACAUGUCAACCAGACAUGCGGGAGGCUACUCUAGCGGCAUUUUCGGAUUCAGAUACAGAUCACGAUUCCGCAGGUCGCAACACAGGACAAGUAGAGACUCUACCUACUCUUCCACAUGCAAGACGUGAGUCACAAGCUUCAGUGUCAACAUCUAGAGAAGAAAUGCGGUCUACUCAAACCCCGCAGCAGCGUAGGGACGCCAGGAAAAGGCCACUGAUGGAUAUAGUUCGUGAAAAUCAGCUACACUAUAACAGAUUCAUUACAAAAAAGGUGCCGAAACUACUGCGUCAGCUUGGUGUAAGCUCUGAUGAAUCUGACUGAUCUAUUGCUUGUAAAUUAUGCCGUC